AUGAGAGAAGUCAUCAGCUUGAACGUUGGCCAAGCCGGCUGCCAGAUUGCUAAUUCCUGCUGGGAGCUCUACUGCUUGGAGCACGGCAUCCAGCCUGAUGGAUACCUCACCGAAGAGCGCAAAGCCGCCGACCCAGAUCAGGGGUUCAGCACCUUCUUCUCUGAAACUGGCCAAGGCAAAUACGUCCCUCGUACCAUCUACUGCGACUUGGAGCCCAAUGUUGUCGACGAAGUCCGUACUGGUACCUACCGAGACCUUUUCCACCCCGAACAGAUGAUCACUGGGAAGGAAGAUGCGUCCAACAACUAUGCUCGUGGUCACUAUACUGUCGGAAAGGAGUUGAUUGAUCAGGUGUUGGACAAAAUCCGUCGUGUUGCGGACAAUUGCUCCGGUCUACAGGGAUUCUUGGUGUUCCACUCGUUUGGGGGGGGAACUGGAUCCGGUUUCGGUGCUCUGCUCAUGGAGCGUCUAUCCGUGGACUAUGGCAAGAAGUGCAAGUUGGAAUUUUGCGUCUACCCUGCUCCUCAAGUCGCUACCUCCGUUGUUGAGCCCUACAACUCCAUCCUGACCACUCACACCACUCUCGAGCACUCCGACUGCAGUUUCAUGGUCGACAACGAGGCUAUCUAUGACAUCUGUCGUCGCAACUUGGGCAUUGAGCGACCCAAUUACGAGAACCUGAACCGAUUGAUUGCCCAAGUCGUGUCUUCAAUCACCGCCUCUCUCCGCUUUGACGGCUCACUCAACGUCGAUCUCAACGAGUUCCAGACCAACCUGGUGCCAUAUCCCCGUAUCCACUUCCCUCUUGUCGCAUACUCGCCAGUCGUCUCCGCUGCCAAGGCAUCACACGAGGCCAACUCUGUCCAGGAGAUCUCGAUGUCGUGUUUCGAGCCCAACAACCAGAUGGUGAAGUGCGAUCCUCGCAACGGAAAAUACAUGGCUACUUGCUUGCUCUACCGUGGUGAUGUCGUACCGAAAGAUGUUCACGUUGCCGUUGCUACGCUCAAGACCAAAAGCACUAUUCAAUUUGUCGACUGGUGCCCAACUGGAUUCAAGAUUGGUAUCUGCUACCAGCCACCCCAGAUGGUGCCCAACGGAGAUCUUGCUAAAGUCAACCGCGCCGUCUGCAUGCUGUCCAACACUACCGCCAUUGCUGAAGCCUGGUCCGCUCUCUCCCACAAAUUCGAUCUCAUGUACUCGAAGCGUGCCUUUGUUCAUUGGUACGUUGGUGAGGGUAUGGAGGAGGGCGAGUUCUCCGAGGCCCGUGAGGACUUGGCUGCUCUUGAACGUGAUUACGAGGAGGUUGCUACAGACUCUGCCGAGGGUGAGGAAGGUGGUGAAGCCGAGUAUUAG